GUUUUGAGUAAAUCCGGAAGGUGGUGCUGUACUGUCAAAAUCGCCGAAAACACUUUGUUUUCCUUCGUAGCUGCACCUAGAUUUUCAUUAAUUUUUCGUGGUUUUUCCGUGAUAAAAGCACUGUGAUGGAGUCGAAUGGACAAUUCACCGAUCAUCUGCACAGGAGAUGGACCAAUAUACGUCGAAUUCUUGAAGUCAGUGGACCAUUUUGCCAUCCCAAUUUCUCAGCCUCAGAUUCCACUCUCGAAUUCAUCAUGAAUUCCUGUAAAAUCCUCGUAAUUGGUGCUGGUGGUUUAGGAUGUGAAUUACUCAAGGAUCUUGCCCUCAUGGGAUUCCGCAAUAUCGAUGUCAUUGACAUGGAUACAAUUGAUCUCUCGAAUCUCAAUCGACAAUUCCUGUUUCGCCGGAAGGACAUUGGCAAUUCCAAGGCAAAAUGUGCAGCCGCCUUUAUCAAUUCUAGGAUUCCGGGAACUAAUGUAACAGCGCAUUUUUGCAAGAUCCAGGAUUUUGAUGAGACUUUUUACCGGCAAUUUCAUAUUGUUGUCUGUGGUUUGGAUUCGGUAGUGGCUAGGAGAUGGAUCAAUGGAAUGCUUCUGUCUAUGUUGGUAUACGAAGAAGAUGGCAGUGUGGAUCAGUCAUCGAUUAUCCCGAUGAUUGAUGGUGGUACUGAGGGAUUCAAAGGGAAUGCCAGGGUGAUAUUGCCUGGAAUAACAGCCUGUAUUGAAUGCACCCUCGAUCUCUAUCCACCUCAAGUGACUUAUCCUCUCUGUACGAUUGCCAAUACGCCUAGGCUUCCGGAACACUGUAUUGAGUAUGUGAAGUUGAUUCAAUGGGGCAAAGAGAGUCCCUUUGGAGGAGCUCCACUCGACGGAGAUGAUCCUCAGCAUGUGUCAUGGGUGUAUGAGAAGGCACAGGAACGUGCCAAUUCGUACAACAUCACCGGACUGUCAUACAGACUUGUCCAGGGUGUGCUGAAAAAUAUAAUCCCAGCUGUGGCAAGUACAAAUGCUGUUAUUGCAGCGGCAUGUACAACUGAGGUCUUUAAGAUUGCCACCAGCUGCUAUGAACCACUCAGCAAUUAUAUGGUAUUCAAUGAUUCAGAUGGAAUCUACACGUACACUUACGAAGCAGAAAAGAAAGAGGAUUGUCUGGCCUGUAGUCAAGUUCCGCGCUCGGUUCCAGUAGAAGAUCCAGCUACGAUGACUCUCCAAGAUCUCAUUGAUUACCUCUGUGAGAGUGCUGAGUUUCAGAUGAAGAAUCCUGGGCUCACGGCUUCGGUGGAUGGAAAGAAUCGGACUCUCUACAUGUCAACGGUGAAGAGUAUUGAAGAGAGAACAAGGAGCAACUUGACGCUGUCUCUGUCCGAACUGGGGCUGCAUGAUGGGCAUGAAUUGAUGGUGGCAGAUCUCACGAAUCCCAAUACUGUCACAAUCAAGUUGAAAUUUGCUUCCAAGGAGGCGGAAAUGCUGUGAAAUUUAUGAAAAUCACAUAAAAUGCGAUUUUUUCAAUAAAUGGUAUUGCUUGAUCCCGGUAGGGGCGUUGAUUUUCAUCGCAAA